AUGCCCGAGCCGAAAAUCAACGCGCGGAACCUCACCUACGACGGCACGCUCCCGCCGUUCCUGGCGCGGCUGCACGGCCAGCACGCGUCGUCCCAGCGCGAGGGCGGGGCGGACCCGAUGCUCGCGGCGCGCCGGCGGCCGGGCGUCAAGAAGCGCAGCGCGAGCGAGGAGGCCGAGGACGCGCCGGUCGUGGUGGACGAGCAUGGCAACGUCGUCAGCCUCGCGGGGGUUUCUGCUGCUGAUGCUGACGGCGGCGAGGCGAGUGACGUGGAAGGCGAGGAUGGCGCUGGCAGGAAGGGGGGGAGCGGUGAGGGCGAAGGUGCGGAGGAGGGGGGGAAGGACAAGGGAUCCAAAGACAGCCAAGGGUCGGCGGCCGGCGAGCUGGGCAAGCGGGAGAAAGUUGCCGGGAUAGGCGGGGUGGUCAAGAAGCGCAAAGUCGGUCGCGUGGUUACUGGCGAUGACGAAGACGACGGGCACAAAGAGGAGGAAGGACGAACACCGCUCAGGACAAAACCCACGAAACAGGCAAAGGGGGAGUCGACCGCUGGUGGAAGCAACGGUAAUACCGGCAAGACAGCGCCCACGACAGCGACAGGACCGAGCGCCAGCGCCAGCACAAAGCCCAAGAAGAAGGCCAAGAAGAUCAAGCUGAGUUUCGGCGACGACGAAGAGGCCGGCUGA